GAAUCGACACAGAACAUAUAUCGCUAGUUCUGUCUGUUUGACAGAUUCUGUUAAAUGUGUAGACUUGGGGUUUGUGAGCGAUGAUGAUGAUGAUGAUGAUGAUUAUGAUUAUGAUUAUGAUGAUGAUGGUCUCUAUGGUGUGUUGCGUCAAAAACAUAGGUGAGUGUGGAUGAAUAUUCAGCUUAUGCAGACUCGUUUCCUGGAAGAAAUAUCGAUUUAAUCCUUUUUUGUUCUGACACUUAUCCGAACUUAAGCUUAAUGGACUUUUUGCUGACACCAGUGCCAGACAUUUUUUCUCUCUCUCUCUUGACCUGUUUAUUUUACUGCAAAGGCACUUUCUGCAAAUCAAUUUCAUGCAUGAUGGAUCUCAACAGAACAAAACUUUAAUAAAUUUCCAACCAAGCCAGCUGUUCUGCAAAAGUUCCCCUUGAAAGAGAUGAAAGUCUCAAGGUGAAAAAAGGCACAGGAAAUGAGUGAUGAUUCAUAGUCAAUACAGAUUACAGAGAUCUGAUCAUGUCAGGAUUAAAAGCGGAAGCUGUGUGCCACCUUGCAUUUAAAUCAACCAAAAGACACACAGAUCACUUGACCUUCAGCACCCAGGCGUUUAUUUGUGACACAGCCUAUUACCGUGAGUCCCCGAAUCAGCCCAUCAAAGAAGAGAGGCACUCUAAAGAGCUUUUCAUCAGAUAACAAUGAAAUUAGCUCAGGCUGAGUGCAUCAUAGCAACCGGAAGAUCAAAUUACUCUUUAAAAUUUUUUUACUUUUAGAUGUAUCAAUAAGAGUAUACUAUAGAGUAAAAUGUAUUCAAUUUAAUAACAAUAUUACAUCGAUGAUUAUAUAUAUUUGCAAUCUUUUACAGUAUCCGAACAUGCAUUUACACAUCAACAAGUCACAAUGUUUAUAGAUAUGUAUACAUUUAGGCAGUUUGCAGAAAAUCAAAUCAAAGCAAGUUCCACUGCAUUCACACAUUUUACCAGCUCAUUCAUUCCCUGAGAAUUGAACUCAUGGCGGUGUUGUUGCUAGCACCAUGUGCUAACAUUUAGGUCCUAUUUUACAGGGUUCUAAGAGUCAUGGAAUCCCUGAAAAUACAUGUUUCGUUAACUUUAAAUUACAUUUAAAAUUCACUGUGACUGUUUGAACUCUGUAACUCUGUAAGAGACUCUGCAUCUCUAUAUUCUAGCAUGAACAUAGACAGACGAUGGAAGACGAUAGAUAGAUACAGAAGAAGUGCACAUCUAGCCUUUUUUUUCUUUGAGGUUUCUCGUUGGCUUGGCUGUGGAUUAAAAUGCACUCAAUUUAAAGAAGGCACAUUUCAGUUUCACCCACACAUUUCUUAGCUACUGAUAGGAUCUAGCCAGACUGAAUUCAUUUUUCAGAGUGAAUGAAAUGCAAUGCAGCUGACCGCAUCUCCACGUUAUGAUUCCAGACAGUGUUUGCUUUUUUGUUUUUUUUUUGUACAUAACUAUCCAUCUCAGGCUUGCUGCAUAAUCACUGUGGUCUCAACACAGCUCUCAGAAUUAGCUCACAACGCCAGCCAAAUCUGUGUGGUGCGGUGUGAACCCAGGCGGAAAUAAUGACAGAAGGUGACUCUGUCGGAGAAGGGCGGGUGUUUCAGCAAUGCUUGGCUUUAUACUCGUUCUUGGCCCAGUGCUGGAAAGUCCAGGAAAAGACAAACAAAACAAAUGAGAUGGCAGAGAUUAGUGCAAACAUUAUAACAGCAACAAGAUGCAAGAAUAUUAAGCAGUUUUUAUGAACAACGAGCAUAACAUUCCAGAAGAUUUGGGUGGGAUUUCAUUGGUAUUGCAGACCGAUGCACAUCUGUCAAGUACCAUUUCUCCCAACCCAUUAGACUCAGGAACAUCCCUCUCAACCUGACAAGGACCAUACAGCAGGACGAGUGGCACCUCUUACAUCUGCGGCGCAUCACAGCGGGGUUCUUGGGCAUGGCUGCUGCCGUGAUGCUGUGUGGAAGCAUUGUGGCCGCCGUGGGAUUUUUCUGGGAGGAGAGCCUCACCCAGCAUGUGUCUGGACUCCUCUUCCUUAUGGCAGGAAUCUUUUGCACAAUCUCACUGUGCACCUACGCAGCCAGUGUCUCAUACGACCUUUCCAGAAACCCUCCUUUCAUCUACGGUCUGCCCAGUGAUGUAGACCACGGGUACGGAUGGUCCAUCUUCUGCGCAUGGGUCAGUCUGGGCCUAACAGUGGCAUCAGGUUGCAUCUGCACAACUUAUCCAUUCCUGAGCCGCACAAAGGCUCUUCGCUCCAAAACGGCAAGGGAGUCAUCUGUAUGAGCGCCUCUUGGUGUCCUGGAGGACUCAGCAAAUCAUUAAUCAGCACUUGGCGCUUUAGUAAAAUGGAUUCAAGUGGGACUUCAUGCUGUAUGGAGCUGUUUUGAAUGUCUUGUAGAUUUCAGAUACCUUCGUUUUGGGCCCAUGAGAUGUAUCAGUGUUAAACAGAACGAAAACUCUUGCAUUUUCUGUGUGUCUUCUACACACAUUUGCUUACACACACAUGUAAAAAACUAAUUACACACGAAUAUAAAGUAUGUGUGAAUAUAAUGAACAAAACCUUUGAUUUGAAAUGGGUAUGUGUAUGUUUGUGGGUCGUUGUGAUGCAAUCAUUCUCUGGAUCAGGUGAAUAUUCUACACGCUAAGGAUCUGAGCCACAGUUUUUUAUGCAAACCAUCUGAAAUUCAAAUGAUUGCUCUGAUCAUGGUCAAUAUUAUUUUUGUAUUAUGUGAUUAAAGCAUAUUGGUUUCCCUACCACUUGCAAUCCGAUACAAGUUGACUAUCCAUUGGCUCAAGAGCUGACAUGUCAAAUGAAAAUAUCAAACAGCUUAAUAUUUCAAUCAGGGAUGAACAGGACACUUCUUGUCACCGAAGUCACCACAUCAGACAAAUGUAUAAAGGCAUGAUUGCAUAUAUAUCACCUUUGGGUAACAGCUGGUGGCUGAUAUUCAAAAAGAUGGAAAAAUCAAAGAGACACAAGAGGUCUUGAGAUCUAAGACGUGGAUAUCGAAUUUGUAAUUGGAUGAAAUGUCUCUGAAGAUUCAGGACUUGAAUGUGGCUGUCACUAGCAGUGCAAUCGUGAUACGGCAGCAUGUUUUAAGUGGAUGCUCUCAAAUCUACCCGUCUCGCUAAUGAAAGGCCUCUCAUGACAUCACGUCAUUGUUGAAAAUACAAGUCCUUCAGUUCCACACGAAGCAACCAGGAUUAUAUUAACUGCAGGAUUCUGUUUUCCAAACUAAGCCAAAACAGUAUCAUAUCCCUGAAACUGUACUGUUUGCCUCAAAACGUCUGUUGUGUUCCUGAAAGUGUAUCAUAAAUAAAAUAUUAUAAUGAUGAAAUAAAGGUCUAUGAAGAAAC